ACCCUUUAAUAAUCGGACCAAAACAAUUUUAAGUUUCACAAUAUCGGAGAGAGAGAAGACGAAGAGCGGCACAGCCUCUCCGCCGAUUCCAAAACGCCACCAACACAACAUUUCACACCCGAUCGUUCAUUCCAUUCUUCCCCUAAAUACACGACACCACAAAAUCCUAACAAACUUUUUUCAGUACAAAAUCUAGAAAUCCAGCAUUGUUAAGAUGGAUUGUGUGAAGAAGAACAGAGGAAGGAGCAAGUUGUGGAUGUGUUUGAGACCGAUCGCCUUCGAAGAAGAAGAAGAAGGGAAGAAGAGCCCAGGCCGAACCCAAGGAACAGGCGAUCCGGUCCUCUCGUACAUCACAGUUGACAAAGGCCAAGAGAAGAAGAUGGUGAUUCCGAAGAUUCUGACGUCCUUGUCCGAAGCGAAGUUGAACAUUUCUUCGUGUUUCGGCGGCGGCGGAGGGCGGAGGAAUAAUGAGAGGUCUCGCCGGAGUUUGUCUCGAGUUAUUAAAGCUGUGUUCUUCGAGACUUCAUUGGCCAAGAAGGUUCGUAGCAGUAGAAAAGAUUCUACCAAAGCCAAGAAGGUUUCAAAAUCCGCAAACAAAAAGCUUAGAGAAUCCUCAGAAUCCAGCAGCAGUUCAAUGAAUCACAAUCGAUCGUUUUCUAUAACUUCCUCAGCUCCGUUCUGUUCCUCCUCAUCUGCUUCAUCUACUUUAAACUCCAGAUCUUCAUCAGAACGAAAGGAAUCAUUUCGGGCAAGUCUAGUUGAAUCAAAACCUCAAGCAAGUCCAGUUGAAUCAAAACAAGUAGACAGAUCAAUCUCAACAAAGAAAGUUGUGGAAAAUUACAGUUCAAAUAUGGUGAUGUUGUUGCUUCUUCUAUGCCUAUUGGUUUUGAUCCUCUGGGGAAAAGUUUGUGCCAUAGUAUGCACUUCGACGUGCUUUUUCCUAGUCCCUAACAAUGUUAAGAGGGUUGGCACAACGGUAAAAACUGUUCAGUCAUCCGAGAUUGAGUCCGAAGAGCAUAAGAAGAGAGUCGUCAUGCAAGGAUUGCUCGAGCGUAAUCGCAAUCGGGCGCUAUAAUAAAGUCACCUAUGGAAUAGAAUGGUCAUUAAUGUGUUAGUAUUUUGUUUUCUUUCUAGAGCGAUGAAUUCGUUCUGGUAGAGUAUGAGCUUAUUCAUGAUGCGAAACAUAAAUGAUUUGUUUACAGAUUUUUGUUUUCUCUGUUCGCCCGUUGAGAGUGUAUUCCGUUCACAUUUUUUGUUUGUUUGUUUGAAGGGGAUGAACAAAUGUGUAUACAUAUAUUAUUUUUUAUUUUUUGCCAAAUGAAAUGUACCAUCCAUUUUUCUCAUGUUGUUUAUUAGUU